AUCAGAUUCAAAUUGCAACUGUAGAACACACACAACAACACCAACUUCAAAAGUCAUGAAACACCCUUGAUAUUUACCAGAGCGCAAACCAGAGGAUUUUCACUGAUGUAAUGUAGUUUGUCAAAUAUUGAAACCUUUUACAAUCUGCAUAUACCAACCGCAUAAAAAUUUGAAAUGGUGUCGUACAAGAGACUCACCCCUGAGGAAGUUCAUUUCUCAGGAGCCGCGUUGUUGGAUCCUGAUGAGUCGACGGACAUGGAUCUGAAGGAAGAACACCCAGAACUGCCCCUGCUGCCCCAGAGCCCUCGCUGCUCCAUCACCAUUGCCCUGCUGACCCUUGGGGGACUUAUUGUGGUUCUCUCUGGUGUCUGGCUGCUUGGAACUAUAUUUUGGUUACAUAAGCCACCCUCCACAGAACCUCAUAGACCCCCUCCACCCGCUGUGGGUAGAAGCCCAAACGGGACGUGGCUGCAGCCAGAGUCCUGCUCGCAGAUUCCAGAAGCUUGGAGGUUUGACUGUUAUCCAGAGAGAGGUGUGGUGGUCACGGCGGAGAUGUGCCAUGCUCGAAACUGCUGCUUCAUACAGAACUCACAGGCUAAGACAUCGGGAUGGAAUGGAGUGCCCUGGUGUUUCUACACACCUGAAUAUCCAUCCUAUGAGCUGGUGUCCAUUACUGACACUGAGAUCGGGAAGGUUGGAAAACUGCUCCGGAACAAAAAAACAUAUUAUCCUAAAGACAUAGAUGCACUGCAGCUGGAGGUGCUGUAUGAGGACAACAGACUGCAUGUGAAGAUAACAGACCCGGCUGAAAAGAGGUAUGAGGUGCCUAUAGAUGUUCCUGUGGUUCCGAAAACAGCAUCAUCAAACCCCUCUUACACUGUAGACUUCAUCAAAGAACCUUUUGGGCUGAUUGUCAAGAGAACACAAACAGGAACUGUACUGCUGAAUACAUCCAUAGCUCCUCUCUUCUACGCGGAUCAGUUUCUGCAGAUGUCCACAUCAUUACCAUCACGUUUCAUAUAUGGACUGGGUGAACAUCGCUCCAACUUUCUGCAUGACCUCCAGUGGAACACUCUCACCAUGUGGGCUCGAGAUGUCCCACCCAUGGAGCUGACCAACCUCUAUGGCGUCCAUCCCUUUUAUCUUUCCAUGGAAUCUGAUGGAAUGGCACAUGGGUUUUUCAUGCUCAACAGCAAUGCAAUGGAUGUGGCUCUGCAGCCUGCUCCUGCUCUCACCUGGCGUAUGAUUGGUGGGAUCCUUGACUUUUACGUUUUCCUAGGCCCGGAUCCCAGCUCUGUGAUUGCACAGUACUUGGAUGUUGUAGGGAAGCCUGCAAUGCCCAUCUACUGGGCUCUGGGCUAUCAUCUCUGCCGAUGGGGCUACAAGUCAAGCGACAAAACAUGGAAUGUUGUAAAAGAAAUGCGUAAUUAUGGGAUACCUCAGGAUGUUCAGUGGAAUGACAUUGACUACAUGGAUAGUGCUUUAGAUUUCACUUAUGACACUAUGAACUUUUCCACCCUUCCUGACCUUGUGAAAGACCUUCAUAAACAUGAUCAACACUACGUUAUGAUCCUGGAUCCCGGAAUCAGUAACUCUCUGCCGUCUGGCUCCUACUGGCCAUUUGAUGAGGGGAAGAAGAGGGGCAUCUUCAUCAAUGAUUCGAAUGGAGACAUCCUUACCGGGAAGGUCUGGCCAGGACUCACGGCCUUUCCAGAUUUCUCCAAUCCAGACACACAUGAAUGGUGGUACCAGAAUCUGAAGAGUUUCCAUGAAAAAGUGCCUUUUGAUGGCGUGUGGAUUGACAUGAAUGAACCAUCUAAUUUUUUUGAUGGAUCACUGAAUGGUUGUCCUGAGAAUGAACUGGAAAAUCCUCCCUACACCCCAGGGAUUCUGGGUGGUACAUUAAAGGCUAAGACUGUGUGUGCAUCUGCACGUCAGAAAAUCUCCACUCACUACAACAUACACAGUCUGUAUGGACUCAUGGAGGCUAAGGCAACUGAAAGUGCUUUGAGGAAGAUCACAGAUAAGCGUCCCUUCGUCAUUUCCCGCUCUACGUUUCCCAGUCAGGGCAAGUAUUCAGGCCACUGGCUCGGAGACAACAGGAGCCAAUGGAAAGACCUGGCCACAUCCAUACCUGGUAUGCUGACAUUUAACAUCCUGGGCAUUCCUCUUAUUGGGGCAGACAUCUGUGGCUUUGGAGGCAGCACUACAGAAGAACUAUGUGUCCGAUGGACCCAGCUUGGAGCUUUCUACCCCUUUUCAAGAAAUCACAACUCCAUAGAUGAACAGGAGAACUUUCUUCCAUCUAGACCUAACACCACCCUGUGGGUGAGCAGCGGUCAGCCCCUUAAUCUGAUUGUGAGUCUGAGUGAGGACGGCCUGGCCAAGGGUGAUUUGUAUUGGGAUGAUGGAGAGACCCUUGACACUUAUGAGAAAGAUCAAUAUGCUUACAUCUAUUUCACAGUAGAACAGCGGGGUAUGCUGACAUUUAACAUCCUGGGCAUUCCUCUUAUUGGGGCAGACAUCUGUGGCUUUGGAGGCAGCACUACAGAAGAACUAUGUGUCCGAUGGACCCAGCUUGGAGCUUUCUACCCCUUUUCAAGAAAUCACAACUCCAUAGAUGAACAGAGACCUAACACCACCCUGUGGGUGAGCAGCGGUCAGCCCCUUAAUCUGAUUGUGAGUCUGAGUGAGGACGGCCUGGCCAAGGGUGAUUUGUAUUGGGAUGAUGGAGAGACCCUUGACACUUAUGAGAAAGAUCAAUAUGCUUACAUCUAUUUCACAGUAGAACAGAAUACGAUGACAUCAGAGGUGCUGCAUAAUCAUGAAGAGGCUGCUUACAUCACAGUGGAGACCGUUUCCUUUUAUGGGGUGAAGGUGGAGCCAGAAAACGUAACCGUGAAUUCACAAGAGGCGGCGUUCACUUACCAUGACAAUCAGGUGCUGACAGUAACAGACUUGGGUCUGAACCUCAGUCGUAACUUCACAAUCAAUUGGAUGUAAAUGCGAAAGUCAUCAGUGCUAUUUCAAAAUUGUAAGUUGCUGCAGAAAUCAAAUUAUUUUUAUCUCAGUACGUGGACAGUGGUGGUUCUGAUUCCAACCUGAAAUCAAAUAUCAACCAGAAAGGAUAUGACAGAUUAUUAAUUGUAUGUUGAAUGUCUGUAUUAUUGACCCAGUGGUGGUCAGUUGCACUCAGAGGGAGCAAAACCGAAGGGAAGAAUUGUGUUUUUUGAUUAAAUGUAUUUGUUUGAUCUGUUAUUGGGUAGAUGUAUAUUUUUUUUACCUCUGCUGUUAUAUUACUGCCUGUUAUUGCUGAUAUUGUUUCUAGAGCAGAAAGAUUCUUCUGACACUCUUUUAAACCUUUUAGUGGUGAACAAAGCUUCUCAUCUUAAAGUACACUAUGGUUUACAUUAUGCCAUGCCAUCAAAAAGGAGGCAAGUUCAAGUUGAUUUUGAGAAUCUUAAAGCAAACAUUUUUGUAGUGAUGCAGUGAACCAUCAGAUCCUGCUGAACUCAUAAACUUUCAGAUUCUUCCAAAUUAAGUUGAUCAAUAUUAUUUUGAUUUGCAUGUGUAUAUAUUGUUUACCAGCGUGUUUGCACAGUUCGGGGCAUUCUGAUGCUGCAGGAAUGCAUGUUUGAGCUUUAGUUAGCAACCGUUAUUUCCAUGUACUGACAGGCUUGUAAUUAAAAUGAUCGAAUAUGUUUAGCCAAUCCAAAUGUGAUAGAAAUAGUUUUUGUUCUCAUGAAUUAUUUGUUUUAAAGGUGGGGUAAGCGAUUUCUGGUAGCCAAUGUUGACAUUUGA